AUGGCAGAUACAGUCUCUCACAAUUACUAUCCGCCCGGGGUCAAGUUACCUCAUUUCGUGCCGAACGAGGACUCGGUGAUUUCAUUGAUUGCUCGCUUUGGAGCUCUUUGGGUGGCAGUUUCUAUUGGAGCAACCUUCUUGAUUCGCCGCCUGGACCUGAAAACAAGUUUCGCAGACCAAGUUACUUUCGUCUGGAUGUGUCUAACGGGAUGGAUCCAUCUCUUUUUCGAGGCUCAUUUCGUUCUGAAUCACGUAGAGCUGGCUGGUGACCAAAGCCUUUUUGGUCAGCUGUGGAAAGAGUACUCGCUUUCUGAUUCUCGGUAUUUGACUUCUGACUCGUUCUUGGUCUCCAUGGAGGCUGUUACCGCGUUUUGUUGGGGCCCACUGGCGUUCUUUAUCGCAUAUUGCAUCGCAGUCAAGCAUCCCCUACGAUAUGCCUUGCAGCUUAUCAUAUCUGUGGGUCAGGUUUAUGGUGAUGUUCUCUACUACGCCACCAGCUUGCUCAACAUUGAAUACUGCCGACCGGAGAGAUAUUAUUUCUGGUUUUACUACUUCUUUUUCAAUUUCAUAUGGAUGGUUGUUGGUUGCUGCUGUAUUUGGCAUGCAGUUAUCAAGAUCUGGGAAGCUUUUGGAAAGCUGGAACAGCUUGAGACUUCACAAAAGAGGAAAUGA